CUGAUCCACAUUCUAGCUUUUGCUCGGCCUCUCGCUAAGUCUCGCGAAUUUUGCUUGGGGAAAUCGGCCUGGGUUGGAGAGACUGAGAAGGGAGACCUGGUGGGAGGGCCUUACGCUUAGGGGACCGUGGCUGCUUUAGCUGGUGCUGUGGUUGGUACUUCGCUGUGGGGAGGUUCUCAGGUCGCCCGGAUCAAUCUUCCCAAUGGGUGACUGGGAAAAUUAGCGGAUAGAAAAUCCUGAUGGUUGGAGGCAUUCUUUUCCCCUUGGCUCCGCCCUCUUCCUGUUAGAGACCUUAGUGUCUGGCCCACCGAGGGGGAAGGGCAGCUUGGCGGGGCUGUCAAGGGCGCUUUGCGCACGCGCCAGUCCGAGUGUGUGAGUGUUUGUGUUCACGCGCAGGCGCGCGCGCGCUCCUGCAUUUAGGAAGCCUGGGAAGGACCGGUGUGCUAGGAGAUGAGCGGGGAAAACCUAGUCCCCGGUCUUUGGUACCAGACAUUCCUGACUGUGCGCUGACCCUCCCCACCCAGCCAGCAGCCUUUUCCAGAGAGGCUGUGGUUCAUAGCCUCUGUUCGUUUUCACUGCAAGACCAGGCACGAAAGUUAAAACAAAAUGAAGAUUUUUUCUGAAUCCCAUAAAACAGUAUUUGUUGUGGAUCACUGCCCUUACAUGGCAGAAUCAUGCAGACAGCAUGUGGAGUUUGAUAUGCUGGUGAAGAAUAGGACCCAAGGAAUCAUCCCUUUGGCCCCCAUAUCUAAAUCAUUAUGGACUUGCUCAGUAGAAUCUUCCAUGGAAUAUUGUAGAAUAAUGUAUGAUAUAUUUCCUUUCAAAAAGCUGGUGAAUUUCAUUGUGAGUGACUCUGGAGCACAUGUUUUAAACUCGUGGACUCAAGAAGACCAGAAUUUGCAGGAGCUGAUGGCAGCAUUAGCUGCUGUUGGGCCUCCUAAUCCACGUGCAGAUCCAGAAUGCUGCAGUAUUCUGCAUGGUCUCGUUGCAGCAGUGGAAACCCUCUGUAAAAUUACAGAGUACCAACACGAGGCUCGUACCUUACUAAUGGAAAAUGCUGAACGUGUUGGAAAUAGAGGACGGAUAAUUUGCAUUACUAACGCAAAAAGUGAUAGUCAUGUGCGAAUGCUUGAGGACUGUGUCCAGGAAACAAUUCACGAGCAUAACAAACUAGCUGCAAAUUCAGAUCAUCUCAUGCAGAUUCAGAAGUGUGAGCUGGUCUUGAUCCAUACCUACCCCGUUGGUGAAGACAGCCUUGUAUCUGAUCGUCCUAAAAAAGAGGUCAAAGACUAUUCCACUCUUAAAUUUCAAGAGGACAGGGAUUUUGCCUCUUCACUGCUCAUACAAUUUCUGGCAGUUAAUACAUUGUCUCCUGUUUUAACCAGUGAAGUACAUAGUGUUCGUGCAGGACGGCAUCUAGCUACCAAAUUAAAUAUUUUAGUACAGCAGCAUUUUGACUUGGCUUCAACUACUAUUACAAAUAUUCCAAUGAAGGAAGAGCAACAUGCUAACACAUCUGCCAAUUAUGAUGUGGAGCUGCUUCAUCACAAAGAUGCACAUGUAGAUUUCCUGAAAAGCGGUGAUAACCACUUGGGUAGCAGCAGUAGAGAAGGCUCAUUUAAAGAAACAAUCACAUUGAAGUGGUGCACACCGAGGACAAAUAACAUUGUAUUUUCUUCUAUUUCAGAAUUACACUAUUGCACUGGCGCUUAUCGAAUUUCACCUGUAGAUGUAAACAGUAGACCUUCCUCCUGCCUUACUAAUUUUCUUCUAAAUGGCCGUUCUGUUUUAUUGGAACAACCACGAAAGUCAGGUUCCAAAGUCAUUAGCCAUAUGCUCAGUAGCCAUGGAGGAGAGAUUUUUUUGCACGUCCUUAGCAGUUCUCGAUCCAUUUUAGAAGAUCCGCCUUCGAUUAGUGAAGGUUGUGGAGGAAGAGUUACUGACUACCGGAUUACAGAUUUUGGUGAAUUUAUGAGGGAAAACAGAUUAACUCCUUUUCUAGACCCCAGAUAUAAAAUCGAUGGAAGUCUUGAGAUCCCUUUGGAACGAGCAAAAGAUCAGUUAGAAAAACACACCCGCUAUUGGCCUAUGAUUAUUUCGCAAACCACCAUUUUUAACAUGCAAGCGGUAGUUCCAUUAGCCAGUGUUAUUGUGAAAGAAUCUUUGACAGAAGAAGAUGUGUUAAACUGUCAAAAAACAAUAUACAACUUAGUUGAUAUGGAAAGAAAAAAUGAUCCUCUACCUAUUUCCACAGUUGGUACAAGAGGAAAAGGACCUAAAAGAGAUGAACAAUACCGCAUCAUGUGGAAUGAAUUAGAAACCCUUGUCAGAGCCCACAUCAACAAUUCGGAGAAACAUCAAAGAGUCUUGGAGUGUCUGAUGGCGUGUAGGAGCAAACCCCCAGAAGAAGAAGAGCGGAAGAAACGAGGAAGAAAGAGGGAGGACAAAGAGGACAAGUCAGAGAAAGCAGUGAAAGAUUAUGAACAGGAGAAAUCUUGGCAAGAUUCAGAGAGAUUAAAAGGAAUCUUAGAACGUGGAAAAGAAGAGUUGGCUGAAGCUGAGAUUAUCAAAGAUUCACCUGAUUCCCCAGAACCUCCAAAUAAAAAGCCUCUUGUUGAGAUGGAUGAAACUCCACCAAUAGAAAAGUCAAAAGGGCCAGUGUCCUUAUUAUCCUUAUGGAGUAAUAGAAUCAAUACUGCCAAUUCCAGAAAACAUCAGGAGUUUGCUGGACGUCUGAACUCUGUUAAUAACAGAGCUGAGUUAUAUCAACAUCUUAAAGAGGAAAAUGGAAUGGAGACAACAGAAAAUGGAAAAGCCAGCCGGCAGUGAAGAGUGACUUAAUUAAAUUUAGUAUAUCGCAUAAAUAUUUUGGAUGGAAUUUGAUAUAAGUACUUUUACAGCAAGAUUGUACAGUUAUGUUGCCUGGACUGGUUUUUACAUUUUUAAAAUAUUUCAACUAACUUUAUCUUUUUUGUAUUAAUUGUAAAAUUGGCACAUAUGUCAAAAAUAUACAUUUGUCCUUCCAAAUUAAACAAAUUUAUUUUAUGGUAAAGGGUAUUCCCUCUGGAAAUGUUUUUUAAAAAAUUCAUAGGCUUCUCUUUGCCAAAUAAAACUAUUAAAAUAUCUGAAAUGCAA